CUCGACAUACACAGGCCGUGUCUCACUCCUAGGAAGAUCCCGGGCCUAGCAUAAAAGGGCUCCUGUGCCAGGCAGGCUCACCAGUCCUUAGCCUUAGCAGCUUCGGUUCUUGCUCCUUCUGCAGACCUGGUUCACAGGCACCCUCUCAAAAAUGUCCUGUCAGCAAAACCAGCAGCAGUGCCAGCCCCCUCCCAAAUGUCAGACCCCGAAAUGCCCUCCGAAGUGCCCACCAAAGUGUCCCCCUAAGUGCCCCCCUGUGUCAUCCUGCUGCAGCCUGGGCUCUGGUGGCUGUGGCUCCAGCUCUGGUGGCUGCUGUGGCUCCAGCUCCGGGGGCUGCUGCAGCUCUGGGGGUGGCGGCUGCUGCCUGAGCCACCACAGGCCCCGCAGAUCUCUUCGUCGCCAUCGUCACAGCUCUGGAUGCUGUAGCAGUGGUGGCAGCAGUGGGUGCUGUGGCAGCAGUGGGGGCAGCAGUGGCUGCUGUGGCAGCAGUGGGGGCAGCAGUGGCUGCUGUGGUAGCAGCGGGGGCAGCAGCUGUGGCAGUAGCCAGCAAUCUGGAGGCUGCUGCUGACCUGGGUCAUGAAGACUUCAGACAAGCAAUAAAGGAGGAAGCCGUGUUCAGAGGACCUGCUCUUGACUGCUAUUCAUCCCAUCUCUUCCUGUCUUGCAUGAUCUGGACUCUGAGAUGAUGAAAUUUUGUGUGAAGUUUCAAAUUGCCCCCCUCAGCCACACCCCCUUCUGUGAUUCAAAAUAAAUUAUUUCCUACCAA